CGAUUUAUUUUCAGGUUUAUAUAUAAGGACAGUACCAUUCAAAUGAUCUACAACCCAACACAACCCGUUGAACGGAAAAGAAACAACACACCGAAGGAUUCAUUCAGACCUAAACAGCAAUGAGCAAUCAAUCGGCAAUAACCUCCUCAAAAUCAAAAGCAGCUUCUACACAACCCUCAGAAUCUUCAUCAUCCAAGCGCAAAAGAGGAGUUUUCCAAAGAGAAUUGCAGCAUAUGAUGUACGGCUUCGGAGAUGAUCCUAAUCCACUUCCUGAAAGUGUCGCACUUAUGGAUGACAUCGUUGUAGAAUAUAUUACAGAACUGGUACAUAAAGCACAAGAUAUUGGAUCACAGAGGGGGAAGCUGUCAGUUGAGGAUUUCCUUUAUUUGAUUCGCAAGGAUAUGCCAAAACUUAACCGUUGCACAGAACUGUUGUCUAUGAAUGAAGAGCUGAAACAAGCUAGAAAACUGUUUGAACACGAUGAAGAGAAUCUGAGGAAGGUUUUUGAGGGAGAUGAACCUGCAGAAGGAUGAAUGAUUAAGAUUGUUGAAAUACAAUGAAGCUGCAUUCUAGAUUAGGACUGACGUGCUAUCACUUUGUUGAUUAUCAUGUAUUUCAAUUUGGGAGCAACUUAAAUAGCACCUGUUUGUUUUGGCUGUGAAAUAUCCACGGCUGGCAUGAAACGCACGUUGAGACUUAAACUACAUGUGGUUUUGUUUUUUUACAGUAAAAUUGCAUUUCAGUGUUCUCCCAAACAUGUACUUAAUGUUAGUAUUUGAAUAUAAUGUCUAUAACCCAUUCCUGCAA